AGCUGACUUGACUUCUAUUGCAUACAUUUCCAAAUAAAUUUCAUCAUAAUUUUCAAGUUUGUUAGACGACUAAAUGAGCUAUGAGAAUUUGUCUACACAAUAAUGUCAAAAUUGCAACAUUUCCUUCUGCUUCUCGCUUUCACAAGUCUUUUGAUGCCUUUGCUUGCAAUUUCACCCGCAACCAGAAUUGAAGAACAGAGAAUUCUACUCAAAAUCAAGCAGAUUUUUGGUAAUCCACCAAGUUUAGAAUCUUGGAAGCCAUCAUCCUCCUCACCCUGUGACUGGCUUGAGAUUUCUUGCAGCAAUGGCACAGUCACUUACAUUUCUCUUGGCCGCAAAAAUAUAUCUACAACGCUGCCCAGAAUCAUAUGUGACCUUCCGAAUCUCCAAGGCAUUGACUUUUCCGACAACUCCAUUCCCGGCAACUUCCCUGAUUUUCUUUGCAGCUGCAAGAAACUUAAUCAUCUUGAUCUCUCUGGGAAUCAUUUUCUUGGACCAAUUCCUGAUGAUAUUCAAUGUUUAUCAGGGCUUCGGUACCUCAACUUAGGAUACAAUAACUUCUACAGCAUCCCUAAAGGCGUUGGGCAGCUGCAAGAGUUAACAUCAUUGACGAUCUCGUGGAAUAGCUUAAGAACUAUUCCAGUACUGGAGAUUGGAAAUUUGUCCAAUCUGGAAGAGUUGAGUUUGUCAGUUAAUGAGGGGUUGGCUCCAGAUGAAAUUCCCCUGGAGUUUGCUGGGCUAAAGAAGUUGAAGUCGUUAUCCAUGGGCCAAACAAAUUUGAUAGGUGAAAUUCCGCAGUUUAUUGUUGUCAAUCUAACAAACCUUGAAACUCUGGACCUCUCAGAUAAUAGAUUGGCAGGAUCUAUACCUGGAGGUUUUAACAAACUGCACAAUCUUCAAACUCUAUUGCUAGGUUCCAAUCAAUUCUCUGGAUCGCUACCAUCAGGUAUUGUCAAUCCAAAUCUUAAAGUACUUGACUUGAGUAGCAAUCGACUCUUUGGGCUUGUCCCUGAUGAGUAUGAGAAAGCAGAUUAUACCUUGAGUUUCAGUGAGAACUUGAACCUGUGUACUGACAACAAAAUUCUUCAACUUCCUCUUUGCACUAAAAAAAAAGCUCAUAUGUUGCUCUACAUUCUCGCUGCCAUCUUUGGUUUUAUACUUGCUAGUGGAUUAUCUGUCUAUUUCUUAGCUAAGAAGUAUGGUCAGCACAGAAGGAAAGUACAUACUAAUGAUAUUCCUGAGUGGGAAUUCAUCUGGUUUCACAAGUUGAAUUUUACAGAGUCAGACAUCUUAUCCAGCUUGUCAGAAAAUAAUCUGAUUGGAAGAGGGGGUAGUGGGAAGGUAUAUCGGAUUAUUAUCAAUCCAAUUGGUGAAAAAGUUGCGGUGAAGAGGGUAUGGAAUGACAAGAAGUCGGACCAAAGGCUUGAGAGGGAAUUUCUUGCAGAAGUUCAAGUACUGGGGAUGAUUAGGCAUUGCAACAUAGUGAAGCUCUUGGGUUGCAUUUCUAGCAAAACCACUAAGCUCCUCAUAUAUGAGUACAUGGAGAAUCAGAGCCUUGAUAAGUGGCUGCAUAAGAAAGCAGGAAGCACAACUUCAGAAGCUUGUGAUAGUACCCCAGGAGAUGUUCUGGACUGGCCAACAAGGCUGCGCAUAGCCAUUGGAACUGCUCAGGGGCUUUGCUACAUGCACCAUGACUGCUCUCCACCUAUAGUACAUCGCGAUAUAAAGUCCAGCAAUAUUCUCUUGGAUUCGGGGUUGAAUGCAAAAAUAGCAGAUUAUGGACUUGCAAAAGUUCUGGUGAAAGAAGGAGAGCCUGAGACAGCAUCUGCAGUUGCUGGAACUUUUGGUUAUAUUGCCCCAGAGUACGCCUACACAUCAAAAUUAAAUGUGAAGAGCGAUGUCUAUAGUUUUGGUGUGGUACUGCUUGAGCUAACAACUGGAAGACAACCUAUAAUUGUGGAUGAACAAAUGAACCUUGUACAAUGGGCAUGGCAGCAUUACGAAGAAGAAAAGUCAAUUAUCACUGCUUUGGAUGAGGAAAUCAUGGAACCAUGUUACUUGGAAACAAUGACAGCAGUGUUCAAACUAGGACUCAAGUGCACUAGCCCUUCACCUUCUCAAAGGCCUGCCAUGAAUGAGAUCUUGCAAAUUCUUCUUAGCUGUCCUAUUAAUUUUCCUUCUUGGCAGGAGUCUUCUGUUGUACUUACUGUCCACUAGAAAUUCAGUGAUUAUGCAGAUUCAGCAAAACCUAACACUUGUGUCCACAAA